UAUUAUUUACUGUCCAAAUUAUCAGCUGUCAUAGUGUUUGUCAUGCUUACCCAUAAAUUUAUCGAUGUUCCUAAGACACUGCUGAAUCUGUAUACUCCUGUGCACAAGGAAAAUUUGGCGCAACUUACCUUAGCAAGGCGAUUUAAAUUUUGCCCCUAAAAUGUGACCUUUUUUAAGCUGAAUAAUGGAUCUCACCCCGCUUAAAUUGUACAGAAUGUCACGACCACCAGCCAAGAAACGAUGUCAUACAAAUGAAGAGGAUAUUAGAGAAUUUAAAGAAUACUGGACUGAAAAAUUUGGCAUGAUCAAGAAAGAUAAUAAAGCAUUAUGCAUUUUAUGUUCUGAAUCAGUUGUUUGUAGGACUUCUUCUGUGAAGAGACAUUUUGAAACUGUUCAUAAAAACUUAAGUAAUGUAACUGAGCAAGAACGAAGAGAAUUAAUUUCUCGUGAAAUGAUUAAGACAAAAAAACUGUCUGAUGUUUUGAUGAAAUUUAUUUCAGGUAGGCCAAGUUCCAACUUAGUUGCUGCUGGUUUUGAGGUUUCAAAAGUUAUUGCCCAACAUGGAAAGCCACUCAGUGAUGGGGAGUAUAUUAAAGAAGCAUGGCUAGAAUGUGCUCCUUUCCUUUUUGAUAACCUUUCAGAAAAGGACAAGAUUAUUCAGCGCAUUAAAGAUUUGUCUGUGAGUAGAAAAACAGUUAAGGAUAGGAUACUUAAGAUGGAAAUGAAUACAACUGACCAAUUAACAAAGGAUUUAGCUUCAUGUAAGUUCUUUUCUAUUUGUGUUGAUGAAAGCACAGAUAUUACAUCAUCAGCUAGGCUAGCAAUUUUUUCUCGAUUUUGUAGGGAUGAUGAGGUAUGCGAAGAGAUGAUUAACCUUGUAACACUACCUGAGCGUACCACUGGGGCUGACAUAUGUAAAGCAGUUGUGAACGAAUUAUCUAUUCGACAAAUUGACAUUUCAAAAGUAGUAUCCGUCACAACAGAUGGUGCACCCAGUAUGAUUGGUAAGGAAGCAGGAUUUGUAAAUCUGUUUGCAAAACAUGUUGGUCAUCCGCUGAUAGGUUUUCAUUGCAUCAUACAUGAGGAGGCUUUAUGUGCUAAAGCUGGUCUAAGGGAACUUCAAGAAGUGAUGCAAACAGUCACCAAGGUUGUUAAUUACAUUUCUGCACGUGCCUUAAAUAAAAGACAAUUUCGGAAUUUAUUGAAUGAGGUGGAUUCGGUGUACAAAGGACUAACAAUGUACAACAAUGUUCGUUGGCUUAGUCGAGGAUUUGUUUUGAAACGAUUUGUUGAAUGCAUGGAUGAGAUAAAUCUCUUUCUGAUUAACCAACAAAUGUCUUAUAAAGAAAUGUCUGACAUCGUGUGGGUUUGUAAACUAAUGUUUUUUGCAGAUUUAUGUGAACAUUUAAAUGACUUAAAUGUUAAAUUACAAGGCUCUGGUAAGACACUUGAUGUUAUGUUUGAUUACAUAAAGGCAUUUGAAAUGAAACUAGGAGUUUUUAAGAGGGAUGUAGAUAGUGAAAGAUUUAGAUACUUUCCAAACCUAAAGAAAUACAUCAAUGAUCUCACAAAGGAUGACAAAACAGACUGCCAGUGUCUUCAGAAGCUAUUUGUAAACAUCAUUGAGUCAACUGUUGAGCAGUUCUCAACAAGAUUUGCUAGGUUCAGAGAAUUAGAAGAGACUGCAAAAUUCAUUAAGUUUCCAGACAGUAUAAAACUGGAUGAACUAAACUUGCAGAAGUUUUCAUGGAUAGAUAUGGAUGAUUUUGAAAUGCAAUUGAUUGAAUUUCAAACUAGCUCAAUUUGGAGGCAGAAAUUUGUUGAGCUUAGAGCUGACUUGGAAAGUAUUGAAAAGGAUCGAUUAGAGAAGGGAGUAAGAGAGAGAAAUGCCGAAAACGAGGUACUGAGGACUUGGAAUACUAUUCCAGAAACUUUUGUCUGUUUAAAAAACUUGCAACAACAUUACUAUCCAUUUUUUCAUCUACAUAUUCUUGUGAAUCAUUGUUCUCAGUGAUGAACUCUGUUAAGUCUCAUAAUAGAAGUAGCCUUACUGAUGAAACUAGUAGCGCAUGUAUAUCUCUCAAGGUUACAAAAUAUAAACCGGAUAUAAAUUAUCUAUCAUCAGGGAUGCAGCAGCAGAAGUCUCAUUGAUUCUAAAUAAAGAAAAGGUUCACAAUUAUUCGUUCUCUAAUUUUCAUUUGAUGUAUUCUGUUAAAAAUAUUAAGGAUUCGCUUUUGUUUAAUAUAAUACAGUGUGUAUUGUUGUAGGUAAAAUAACUUUUAUAUUUUCUCUGUGGUUUUUAUGCAUCAUUCAUAAAGGAUUAAGAAUCAAUAAAAGAAUAUCUUUAGUUUUAUAUCCUUUUAUUGUGUUUUAGUCGAGUAAAUCGAUAUUGAGCUUGGUAUUGUAAUGUACUGAAAAAAGUUUACAAAAACUAAUGGCUGAAUGAUCUGAUAAACAAAUCAAAAAUAUUGUUUACUCUUUUGCUGAUGCUAAAAAUAACGUCUUUAAAUUGUGUGGAUGUAUAUGACAACUAGAUUUACACUGAAAUGCUAAUAUAAAACAUCCACGCUAACAACAGGGAAGAACAACCACUAAGUAAAAAUUCUGUCACUAAUUUUUACAUUCAUUCAAUAUCCCAUGAUUUAUAAAAUCACUCUUACAAAACUCUCUGAUUUUACCACCCCGGUGUGAUUUCUGAUUAUUUGAAAAGGUUCUCCCAUUACGUAAAAGAUACCAAAUAAUAUGUGACCCGGAAAUUUUGGUUGGCACGAGAGAAAAUUUUGUAUCAAAGAUUUGGUCGAUUUUGGCACACACACUCAAAAAGGUUGCCCACCCCUGCCCUAGGCCCUGAU